CCGCUGUCAGGGCAAGGCAGACUGACAGUAUGGCGGCGGGGUGCAGCUGGAAGGAUGCUACUGUCGCCCGUGAUGUGUCUAUCGCCGGUAGGACGUAAAUGGACUAUUGACGACAGAAAGAGAAGAGGAUUUAGCGAGAAAGGCCUGUCGCCGUGAGCUCCAAAGAUGGCCAGGCUCGCCGACUACUUUUUAGUGGUCGGUUACGACCUCGACAAGCGAGUGGAGGGGGAAGGUCAAGGUCGCAUUCUCCAGCGGUUUCCUGAGAAAGACUGGGAGGACAGCCCGUUCCCACAAGGCAUAGAGCUGUUCUGUCAGCCCAGCGGUUGGCAGCUGGUUCCCGAGCAACAGCCUGCCUCUUUCUUUGUAGCGGUUUUGACUGACAUCAACUCAGAGCGUCACUCCUGUGCCUGCUUUACCUUCUGGGAGGGCCUGGACAGCUCACAGCUGCAGAAGGCCAAGCCCAGCGAGGUGGAUGAGGUGGAUGAGGAGCCUGCUGUCGUCCAAUCAGCUCAGGUCUUCGCCCCCAAGAGCUUGGUGCUGGUGUCCCGACUGGACUACACCGAGGUGUUCAGGAACUGUCUAGGUCUGAUCUACACCGUCCAUGUAGAUGGCCUGCCUGUCCCUUUGGAAACAGUUAUUGGAAAUCUCCUCACUUGUGUCAUCCCCAUUGCUGGAGGGUCCCAGAUAAAUGAGUCCCCAGUUUGUAGUUUAGAAAGGGUUCCACAGGCCUGUGACUGGCUCCUGGCCUGUCUCCAGCCGGGCCAAGAGGAGAGAGAGGAGAGUUUGAGGACUAUAACGUUAGGUGCUGGCGACCGGCAAGUUAUCCAAACCCCCAUCGAUGACUCGCUUCCUAUCAGUGGCAGCAGUGUGGCUCAGCUCUUCAGACAGCUUGGUAUAGUGAACGUGUUGUAUCUGUUCUGUGCCGCCCUGACGGAACAUAAGAUCCUGUUCCUGUCCAGCAGCUACCAGAGACUAACAGAUGCCUGCCGAGGGCUGCUGGCCAUCAUGUUCCCCCUCAAAUACAGCUUCACCUUCGUUCCCAUCCUGCCAGGGAAACUAUUAGAGGUCCUCAGCACCCCCACACCCUUCAUCAUUGGUGUCAAUUCAUUCUUUCGAUCAGAGACACAAGAAUUGUUGGACGUCAUCAUCGCCGACCUGGAUGGAGGCACGGUGACCAUCCCAGAGUGCGUCCACAUCUCCCUCCUGCCUGAACCGCUCCUUCAGCAGACCCAGACUGCUCUGUCCAUGGUUUUGGAUCCAGAGCUGGAAAUCGCCGAUCAUGCCUUCCCUCCUCUCUCCGUGCAACCCUCUGCACUCAAAAUCCAGGAUAAGGAGAUCCGGGCAGUCUUCCUGUGGCUGUUUGCUCGGCUCUUCCAGGGCUAUCGCUGGUGUUUACACAUCAUCCGCAUUCACCCGGAGCCAGUGAUCCGCUUCCACAAGGCUGCCUUCCUGGGUCAGAGGGCGCUGACAGAGGACGACUUCCUCAUGAAGGUGUUGGAUGGCAUGGCGUUUGCAGGCUUCGUGUCAGAGAGGGGGCCUCCUUACAGAGCCACUGACCUGUUUGAUGAUCUGGUGGCCAAUCACGUUGAGCGGAUACGACAAGAGGAGGCCUGUCCGCAGAAAGUCAUGAACCAUGUCAAGGAGCUGGCGGAGAAACUCUUCAAAAAUGAGAACCCUUACCCUGCUGUGGCGAUGCACAAAGUCACACGACCGUCAGAAAACAGCCAGAACAAUGCACAUAAUCAGAAGCCUUUCCCUGGGCUGGAUGACGUCGCGGUUCAGCUCUUCAUCGACCAUGCUGCCGCCAAGCUCAAGACUGCACCUCCUGUAGUCAAGGCGGAGCUCAAGAGCAUGGUGCCAUCUGGGCCCCCGCUGGGAGACACCGUGGACAGGAAUGGCAACGUGAUGGCUAACAGCGCCCGCAGGCUGGAGGUGGUCAGGAACUGCAUCACGUACAUCUUUGAGAACAAGAUGCUGGAGGCCAAGAAGUUAAUGCCAGCUGUAUUGAGGGCAUUGAAGGGUCGGGCAGCCCGGAUUUGUCUGACCCAGGAGCUCAAUCAACACGUCCUGCAGAACCGGGCAGUGCUGGACGACCAGCAGUUUGACUACAUUGUCCGAAUGAUGAACUGCACCCUCCAGGACUGCUCCCAUAUAGAUGAACACGGUAUUGCAGCUGCGCUCCUUCCAUUGGUCACAGCCUUCUGCAGAAAACUGGGGGCAGGCAUCACUCAGUUUGCCUACAGCUGCGUACAGGAGCAUAUGGUGUGGACCACUAUGCAGUUCUGGGAGUCCAUGUUCUACAGCGACGUCCAGAGCCACAUCAGAGCUCUCUAUCUGGAGACAGAGGAGGGAGGGCAGCAGAACAACUCUGAGCAGCAGGACGGGUCAGGCAGUGGGAGGGAAAUCAGCGCCUUGGAUCUGGCUUCGGAGCAGAACCGGCUGUGGCCCACGCUCAGCAAGGAAAUGCAGGCGGAGCGCGUGCAGAAGGAGGAGAGCACGGUGUUCAGCCAGGCCAUCCACUACGCCAACAGGAUGAGUUACCUGCUGCUGCCACUGGACACCAGCAAGAACCGCCUACUGAGGAGCUCCGGCCUCGGAGACGUGGAGAGUGUCAGCAACAGCUACGUCACAAACAGUAUCGCAGGCAGCAUGGCGGAAAGCUACGACACAGAGAGCGGCUUUGAAGACGCUGAGAGCUCUGAUGUGGCCAACUCUGUUGUGCGCUUCAUCAACCGCUUCGUAGAUAAAGUGUGUAAUGAGAGCGGCGUGACCAACGAACACCUAAAGGCUCUCCACACCAUGAUACCAGAUAUUGUUCAGAUGCACAUCGAGACGUUAGACGCAGUCCACAGGGAGAGUAAGAGGCUGCCUCCGAUCCAAAAGCCCAAGCUGCUGAGGCCAACACUAUUACCCGGUGAGGAGCUGGUGAUGGAUGCCAUGCGAGUCCACCUGAUCCCCGACGGUCGCGAAGAAGCCACAGGGCUGAUGGGAGGUCCGCCUCUGGUGCCUGCUGAGGGCGCCAUCUUCCUCACAACCUACCGGCUCAUCUUCAAGGGCACGCCCACCGACCCACUGGUGGGCGAACAGGUGGUGACUCGCUCGUUCCCCAUCGCCUCUUUGACCAAGGAGAAGAGGAUCUCAGUCACUUUACCCAUGGACCAGUUUGUCCAGGAGGGGCUCCAGCUCCGCUCCAGCACCUUCCAGCUGAUGAAGAUCGCAUUUGAUGAGGAGGUUGCAUCAGACCUGGCCGAGGUUUUCAGGAAGCACAUGCACAAGCUGCGCUAUCCUCAACACGUCCAGGGCACCUUCGCCUUCACUGUGGGUCAGUGUGGGAAGAUGGUGGUGGAGCACAAGACCAAGGACAAGAACCAGUCGCUCAAGACGCUCUCCAAAAACUUAGUGAAGAGUGCAAAGAAGACCAUCGGUCGGCAGUAUGUGACCAGAAAGAAGUACUCUCCCCCCACCUGGGAGAACAGGAGCAGCUUGCAGUCAGAGCUGGAUGAGGAUGAGAUCUCAGUUUCAGAGGAAGUGGACCAGAGCUCCCUCACCCUUUCCUCCACCAUUCGCUCAUCUGACAGACAGACCAUGAGCAACGUCGUGGAGCGGGCCUGUUGCCGUGACUACCAGCGCCUGGGUCUGGGCACGCUCAGUAACAGCCUGACUCGUUCAAAGAAUGAGCCUUUCAGGAUUUCGACUGUCAACCGCAUGUACACUGUCUGCAGGAGCUACCCUGGCCUGCUGAUCGUGCCUCAGAGCAUCCCAGACACGACCAUCCACAGAAUAUGCCGCUGCUACCGGCAAAAUCGCUUCCCCGUGGUUUGCUGGAGGAAUUCACGAACCAAGGCCGUCCUGCUGCGAUCUGCAGGCCUCCACGCCAAGGGGGUGGUGGGCUUCUUCAAGUCUCCCAAUGCCCCUACUGCAGUGCCCUCCCAGGCAGACUCCACCAGUCUGGAGCAGGAGAAAUACCUGCAGGCCAUCAUCAGCUCCAUGCCUUCCUACAGUGAGAACAGCGGCAGGAACACCCUCAGCGGCUUCACCUCCACACACAUGAGCACCUCUGACUCCUCAGACAAACUGAGGCAGCCCAAGAUUGGUGCUCUGAUGAAGCAGGUGAUGGGCACCAAGGAGGAUGUUCCAGGAACCUUCAGUAGAGGAGCUCUGGGUCAAAGGGCGAAAGUCAUCUCCCUCUCUCAGCCCAAAGUGUCUGGCAAGGCCAGGAACCCUCCUAGAGGUAAAUGGGGCAGUAUCAGGGGCAGCGGGCGUCUAAGUGCCUACAACCCAGACGUGGGGACGCGUCUGGCAGGGAAAGAGUCACCGCAGCCCAAUGGAGGGCCGAGCGAGGCGCUGUUUCUCCGCCAACAGAAGGCUUACCUUUACAUCAUCGGAGACAAGGCCCAGCUCAAGGGAGGGAAGCAGGACUCGUUCCAGCAGUGGGAGGUGGUCCCCAUCGAGGUGUGUGACGUCCGGCAGGUGAAGAACAGCUUCAAGAAGCUGAUGAAGGCCUGCGUGCCGAGCUCCCCGACCUCUGAUCCCAACAUGAGCUUCCAGCGCUGCCUGGAGGACUCGGAGUGGAUGGCUCUGCUACACAGGGUGCUGCAGGUGUCCGUCCUGGUAGUGGAGCUUCUGGACACAGGCUCGUCGGUCAUGGUCAGCCUGGAGGACGGCUGGGACGUCACCACGCAGGUGGUGUCACUGGUGCAGCUGCUGUCGGAUCCAUACUACAGAACCUUUGACGGCUUCAGGCUGCUGGUGGAGAAGGAGUGGCUGUCGUUCGGCCACAGAUUCAGCCACCGCGGGGCACAGACGCUGGGCAGCCAGAGCAGCGGCUUCACCCCCGUCUUCCUGCAGUUCCUGGACUGCGUACACCAGAUACACCUCCAGUUCCCCAUGGAGUUUGAGUUCAGUCAGUACUACCUGAAGUUCCUGGCCUACCACUACGUCUCCAACCGCUUCCGCACCUUCCUGCUCGACUCGGACUACGAGCGCAUAGAGCUGGGAGUGCUGUAUGAAGAGAAAGGGGACAGGAAAACCCCCCAGGUGUGUAAGUCUGUGUGGGACUACAUCGACAGACUCAACAAGAAGACGCCCAUCUUCUACAAUUACAUGUUCUCUCCUGAAGACGAGGAGGUACUGCGGCCAUACACCUUCAUCUCCAACCUGAAGGUGUGGGACUUCUACAUGGAGGAGACGCUUUCAGAGGGGCCCUCCUACGACUGGGAGCUUAGGGGCCGGCAGGAGCGCGUGGCGGAGGAGACCCCCGAGAAACCCGACACCAGCGGGCCCAAGUCGCAGCGGCGCAUCGUGUGGCCGUGCUACGACAGCCUGAGCAAGGCGGUGCCCGACGCCAUCACCAAGCUGCUGCAGGACCUGCAGAGUCUGGAGGCGGAGCUCGGCCAGACGUCGGAGAAGUGGAAGGACACGUGGGAUAAAAUCAAGACCACGCAGAGAACUGAAACCAAACUGGAAAGCAAGCCGUCGUUCUCCAGCUCCUUGCUGAUGUCGUCCAACCUGAGCCACCAGCGCCGCUCUCAGGGCGUCUACCUGCAGGAGAGCGGCGUGGGCUCCUCCAUCAACCUGGCUCUGGACUGCGAGGCCAGCGCCACCUCCACGCCUGUGGCUGGUCGGACCAGCACCAGUACGCUCUACAGCCAGUUCCAGAGCACGGAGAGCGAGAACAGGAGUUUUGAAGGCAUCCUGUUUAAGAAAGGGGCAUUGUUGAAACCAUGGAAACCACGGUGGUUUGUGCUGGACAAGACCAAACAUCAGCUGAGAUACUACGAGACCAGGCAGGACAAGGAGUGUAAAGGUGUGAUUGAGCUGGCCGAUGUAGAGUCCGUCAUUCCAGGAACACCUACCAUGGGAGCGCCGAAAAACAUCGACGAGAAAGCCUUCUUUGAUCUCAAGACGACCAAACGAGUGUACAACUUCUGUGCCCAGGACAGCCUGAACGCACAGCUGUGGAUGGACAGUGUCCAGAGCUGCCUGUCAGACGCCUAAAGAGGAGGCGGGACUCUUUAAGGAGCAAUGCAACUGGGAAACGAAUGAGCUGUGCCGCGGCACCUGACGGACAUCUCUCUGCCGACCGAUCCCAACGAAACAGGGAGGGGAAGGGGCCUUUCACCACUUAAGCUCUGUUCUGUUUGCUAGUGUUGAACUAAUAACCUCGCGUCACAACGUUUCAGUGUUUUUGUUAUAAAAAUGAGAAAAAGAGAAAAAAAAAAAUAUAAGUCCCCGAAGAACCACUCGCUGUCGUCUCACCAAGUAGCCGCAGCCUCCCUCCCUCCCUCCCUCCCUCCCUCCGACGGUCUGACCACUAUGUGCGCUGGAUGUGUGUGCGUGCACUAAAACAAUGCAUAUUAUAAGCAUGUUGUCGCAUUUCUGUGAGGCGUCCUGCAGCUCGGACCAGCAUGAAGAUCUUUCCAGACCCUCCACCUGUAAACCAGAACACCCCUCCCCCGCUCUCCCUCCUACUAACCCCGCUCGCCCUUUGAGACACUCCGGGGGAGGAAUGACGGAGGAGCUGCAGUCGGCCAAGCACAGGACUCGUUGAGACUGCUCUGGAGAGGGAUCGGAAAAGAUGGGACUGGUGGGUUUGAUGGACCAAAACAACCCCCCCCCCAGAGGAACACAACAGGCUGACAGUUAACCGCUCUCCCCCCUCCGGUCCUCAGUCCUCUCUUUGCCUCUCACUGCCUGAUGUAGCCCAUUCGCAUCAAUAUUCAGACGAAAUUUUAAUGGAAGUCAAAUGUGUCACUGCGAGGGAAUGUGGGUGGGCGAGGGGGGGCUUCUCCUCAACGGUUCAUGAAGGAUUUCCACUUCUUUUCUUUCUUUUUUUUUUUUGUUGUUUUCCAAAAUCUAAAUUUGCUCAUCACCUUCAGGUCAGCAGGCGACGCUGACGCUGAUAUACUGUGAAAGCCAUGAAUCAGUCGUAGAGAUCAAACCAGGAGAGCCAGUCGGAGAUGGGAGUCUGUCAGGUAUUGAGUGUGUCGGUGAACUUUCACUGAGAGUGUUUACAACAUAGAUUUAAAAGAAAAAAGAAAAAAAAAUGAGAAAAAAAAAAGAACCUCCCUCACUAAGCUAAACUCUGCUCUUCACCAGUGUGUUUUUAAUCCAUGCAACCACUAGUCACAUUCAGAUUUUUUUUUUUUUUUUUUUUUUUUUUUAAGGGAUGCUGAAGGAAAAAGGAGGGAUUUAUUUUCUUGUGAUGUCUUAAAUACAAUCUACAGAAGGAGAUCUGGAAGGUAGGAGAUUAAGGAGGGAUACUAAUGAACAGAGUGAUAUUAUGGGAUGCGUUGGAGAGAAUACAGUUUUCAGAGGGAUGGGAUAUCGACUCGCCGCAGUGCUCACAAAGUGUCGGAAACUGGAUGUUUGUUAAAGGAAAAUUCAGGUGUUUUUCUACCUAGAUCUCAUAAAGGUGUCCAUUCUGAUGAUGCUGACGUUUGUACUCACCACCUGUGAUGUUUACUGGAGCUACGUUUCAUGACUCCCGCAAACCACUUGAUAAUACAUACGUAUAUUUAUUGGAAUUAUUUCAAAUGCUCGCCUCAAGUCUAAUUGAAAGUAAACAUAAAUUGGCCUCUACAUUAGCGAUUGUAGCUAAUUGCAAGCCAGUUUGGUAAGCGAACUAGCAUACUUGCCGUUCAUCUGCAGAAAUACUGAUCUUUCACUGCUGCUUAUUGGUUCAUAAAGCAAGAUUCUACUAAAAACAGGUAACUGGGUGCUUAAGAUUAUUCUUAAAAAUGGAAUUUCCUUCGAUCCAGCCAGCUCGAAGUAGAUCUUCAUGCAGGUAUCUACAAAUGCUAAUCCAGAGGGCUACUUUCUGUGUUUAUUUUGCCUGGACACUUAAAAAUAUGGCUGAUGCUGCUUAAUGAGAUUUAUAGUUGCUGUCACAGAAAAAUCCCAAAUCUCCAACACGUUAACCUUUCACUAAGCUAAGCUAAAUGACCUUGUUUUCAGCUACAUGACAAUGAAUUCUUAUGAACGUGUUAUUUAGCUUAAAAUGUAAGAGAAUUGCCUCCAACAAGGAAACACAAGAUCAUUUUGUUUUUUAAGGAAAUUUCAUAGAAAACAAAAUUCAGAUGUCUUUGCUGGAGUCGUUUUUCUCAUAUAUUUCUUUUUUACAAAUGGAGGUGGUGGGUGCAAGUCAUCCAUCACUCACAGAGGCCACAACUAUGGAGAGAAGAAAAAACAUCUGAAUGUUCCUUUAAUGAUGCUGGGACAGUGGUCGUGAUGCUGUCAAGACUCACUGCACCCCCCCCAGUGUUAAACUGUACAUGGACGAGCCUACAUCUGUCAGAGUCACAGAGAAGCCGUACGUUUAGCUGGAAGGUUUAAAACAUCAAGUCACUAUUUGUUUUUAAUGUCGAUGGUUUGUCUGACCGCCCCGACCCCUCUAACCCCCCCCACCCCUCUCCUCCACACACACACACAAACCACUCUGACCCACACGUGUUAACACAAACCCUGCUAUGUAAAAUACAGUUCUACUGCUGUCUUUGUUGAACAUAAAAUUUGAAAUUGUAGAUUUUUUUUUUUGUGUCUAAUAACUCCUUUGUAUAUACUACUCCAGAUUUGUAUGUAACGUUUAUGGUAGUAAUUUAUUUAACUUGUCUCCUCAGUAAGAAAGUUCCUCAAGCACCACUUUAUUUUUAAAUUAGGAAUUCAAUGUGCCAUUUUGUUUAUUUCUGUAUUAAUGUGACUAAUGCUUUUUUUUUUUUUUUUUAAAUGUUCAAGUAAAACCCUCAAUGUCUUUUUUUUUUUUGUAAACAUGGUUGUCCUUACUCAAUACCAACCGUUAUUGAAAGAGUGGACAUGGUGUGUUAGUGGAAGAGGAAGCCUCUGGGCUGGUGUUUUGUUUUUUUUUUUAAAGGCUGGUUGGAUUUUACUGUGUUGCUCACCCACAGUGGUGGGAUGUUCUGGACGAAAGGUUACAGUCACAAUAAAUUUCACACGUAUGAAGUUUUCCUGGUGCUGGGGUUCCGCUUGGCUGGCCUGCUGCUGGCUUAAUGGACUGCUUUUGUGGUCAUUAAAUAGUCAGUGACAAGGCGGGUGCCUAAGUGUGCUGGAUGUCAGAAGUCUCCAUAUUUAACUCAAGGACUCGGGCAUGACCAGUUAAAAUGCACGGUGCAGAAGAUUAGGAUAUGAAACAUAGAUGCAAAACAUUAUUUACAUGCUAAGCUCACCCAUUUUCCAUCAAAUCUUCUCAUCCACAAGCUGAAGACUGAUUUUCAAUCAGUGCGUCGGUGAGUAGAUACAAGCAAUUUAAAUUUUUUUACUGAACUAAUCCUUUAAUACGGUAAUAUUAUCACAUUUUGUAAGUUUGGGGGGAAAAUGAUGUGCUCCUCAGCCUCACAGAUUAACUUAAAACCAACUUACAACGCUCAAGUACUGCACCUGUAACCACAACUAACUGCUGUCAUGGUGUUCAGAGCAUUUUAAUUAACAGUAAAUCUGAAUUUAACAGUACAGUAACAAUAUUCAGUUCACAUUUGAG